CUGUACACUAUGCUUCCAUAGACUAUACUUUCAGCCAUUUUAAACUUCCCGCCAUUCUACUUCAUUGUUACUUCUUCGGUGACUACAGACGCGUACGGAAGCAACUUCAUUAUUUUAGAUAUUCGCUAGCAAAGCCGCGGGUUAAAACUAGUAAAUAAAUAAAACAAAACGUCUUAUAACCUGGAGUGAGAAUAAGAGAAGUUAACUCUACUUAAGUCAUGAUGAUCUGGAGUUUAAGUCAGUUGCAAGCGCGGUUUCUCCUUGAACGGUCGCGUCCCCACCAAAGUCUUACGCAAACUUAAACUUUGACUUAAGUCAAACGCACCUAGCACUUAACUUAAGCCAAAUAUAAACCAAAUUUAAAAUUAUAAAUAUUUUCCAAACUAAAAAAAUGCAUUUUAUAAAAAAUAUUCUUAAACUUACUCUAAUUAUUUAUACUACACAGUUUGUGACGAUAUUAUCAUCAAAAAACAAUGAACCACUUCGUCAUUCUCUCCGAUACGCUCCGUAUUGUAAGCAAGAUUCGUUGGAAAAUCCAUCAGCACUUCGUGAUGCAAUCAAUCGCGCAGAUUUUGUCUUCUCCGCAAAAGUUCUCGGGAAUCUCGAGCGGAGACGCGUGCGUGUUGAUAAAGAAAGUGUCGAAAGUGUGAAGCGUGCGGACGGACGCCGGAAACAACCCAUAUUAUUAUUUGAUGUGGUUGUUAAGAGACAUUUUAAAGAUCCGGGAGUGCUCGCCGGGCAGGAAAUUCUGCGUGUGGGGAAAGCUUUGAGACGCGGCGAAGGACGCCGGUGUCGGCAAGUGGUGCGACCCAGAUAUUCGGCGGUCUUUCUGGGCAGGAAGCCCAAAGAUGCGGCGAAGCAUGGGAAACUACUAAAGGAUUUGAAUAUUGACGUGUUUCUGAGUGCUGAUCCUCUGCCCAUCACGCUGGCGAACUUGGAUAGAGUUAAUUCUGUUAUUGAAGACGUCGCCUACAGGCCGAAGCACUCCUACGUGGAAGAACCAUGCGAGAAGACAUUCUGCGCUUGGGGUGCGCAGUGCGUGACUGGGCCGGACGGCCGAGCACACUGCCAGUGUCCGACGCAUUGCCGCCCCCACGUGGAGCCGGUGUGCGGCAGCGACGGGCAAACCUACGACAAUCACUGCCAGCUGCGCGUUGCGUCCUGCCGCGCCAGGAUUAACACAAAAAUAAGUUACGUUGGUAAAUGUGAAGUGCGUGAUCCUUGUAAGGAACGUCAGUGUGAAGUCGGAGCACAUUGCGUUGCGUCUCCUGAUGGUCGUAACGCCACCUGUCGGUGUAUAGAGAAAUGUCUAGAGACUGCAGCUCCUGUGUGUGGUAGCGAUGGAGUAGACUACUUGAAUGAGUGUGAAUUACAGGUUUCUGCAUGCAGGACGAAACAUGAUGUCGUUGUUAGAUAUCAAGGAAAAUGCGAUCCUUGUUUAGGUAUAGUCUGCUCAGAACCUGAAAUUUGCCAAUUGGAUGACCAUAGAAACCCUGUUUGUCGAUGUGGGGAGACAUGCCCAUUGGAAUUUGAUCCUGUGUGUGCUUCUGAUGGUAAAACAUAUUCAAACGAAUGUAUUCUCAAACAAGAAGGCUGCAGAGCAAGGAAAACCCUUAAUAUUAUAUACAGGGGAAAGUGUAGUUCAGGAGUAAAUCCAUGCGCAAGUGUAAAUUGUUCAUCCCUUGAAGAAUGCGCCAUUAACAAAUUCGGCAUUGCAGUCUGUGAAUGCCCACCACGAUGUGAACCUGUGGUUCGCCCUGUAUGCGCAGAAGAUGGCCGAACACACGCUUCCGAAUGUGAAGCAAAACGUGCAGCUUGUUUGGCCCAUAGUACCAUUUCUAAUGGUAUGGCCAUUGUACAUUCAGGAGUGUGUGGGACUUCUUCACCAUGUGCUCAACACCAAUGUAGAUAUGGUGCAAGCUGUCAAAUAGAAGAUGAUGGUAGGGCGCAAUGUGUAUGUCCGCCAUUAUGCCCCGCUGCGUUUGAUCCUGUUUGUGGUACGGAUGGUGCUUCAUAUGGUAAUGAGUGUCGACUGAGGAGAGAAGGAUGUUUAAAACAGAAAGAUAUAGCUGUUUUGUAUCAUGGACCUUGUGAUGGAUGUGAGAAUAAACAAUGUGAUUUCUAUGCAAUUUGUGCUGAAGUAGAGAAGAACGCACGUUGUAUAUGCCCAAAAGUAGAAAACUGUGAUGGAUAUAACGGAACUGUUUGUGGGACAGAUGGUGUUACUUAUUCCAGUGAGUGUGCACUACGGGUUGCCGCAUGUGAAGCCAAACAAUACGUUUUGAUAGCAUACAAAGGAGAUUGCGAUUUAUGUUCAACAACAAAAGAUUGUAGUUUCGAUGGUGCUGAACCCGUCUGUGCAACAGAUGGCGUUACUUACAACAAUGAAUGUGAACUUCAACGUGCUGCUUGUCAAACUUCCCAACAACUCGAAGUAGUAUUUUAUGGUGAUUGUGGAGAAAGAUUUUCUGUUGCAGCAACACAAGCGCCAUCUGUGUACACAUCAUCUAGUAUAUUUGAUUUAGGCAAUACUCUGCCGGAUAGUGUUGAAGUUUGUCGGGAUAUCAGAUGCGAUCAUGACGCCACCUGUGAGCUAGGAGCUGAUAAUUUUCCACGUUGCGCUUGUCGGUUUAAUUGUUCUACUGAAAUGGAUGUAGAUGGCGGUGGUGGACCUGUGUGUGCUUCUGAUUUGAGAAUAUAUGCUUCGGCUUGUGAUAUGAGAAUGGCCGCAUGUGAAAAACAACAGGAGUUGAGACUGAGACCUUUGGAUCUUUGUCAAGGUAUGGAGGUAAAACCUUGCAAUGGUGAUAAACCCAUCAUUGACCCUUCAACCAGAUUAGAAUUGGAUUGUGGUAAUGGUCCUCUAAGACAAGAUUGCCCUUCAGGGACUUACUGUCAUCAAACAGUCAGAUUUGCAAGGUGUUGUAAAAAAGAUCAAAGUCAUACUACAAGUAACUGUGAAGACACCUGGUAUGGUUGUUGCCCUGAUGGUAAAACACCUUCCCAGGGAGCCAAUCAUACAGGGUGUCCCAUUUUCUGUGGAUGUAACAAAUUGGGAGCUUACUCAGAAUCAUGUGAUGCUACCACCAUGACCUGCAGUUGUAGACCUGGUGUGGGAGGAGAAAAAUGCGAUAGGUGUGAACCUGGUUACUGGGGUUUACCUAAAAUAUCUUCUGGUCAUCAAGGGUGUAUACCAUGUGGUUGUUCACCUAUUGGAUCAGUCCGUGAAGACUGUGAACAAAUGACAGGUCGAUGUGUCUGUAAACCAGGUAUCCAAGGACAAAAAUGCACAGUCUGCACCUCCCAUGAUAAAGUCCUAGGUCCCAACGGAUGCGUACCACCAGAUCAGAUUACUGGAACAGAAUGGCCUUUAAGAAGGUACACCCCAUUGGAGUUUACUCAGUCUGAUGAUGCCAACUCCCCAUUAUCAAAAUCAACAAGACAUUUGAUGGUACCCGAUCCAAGGUGGUACUACGAACGUAAAACAGGCCAUAAUUUCACUCCCCAGAAGAGUUACACCAUCAACGCAGCUACAGAUUCUGGUAAUUCUACAGGAAUAGUAAAACCUACAUCUGCUACAGUCAAAAUGAUUACAGCUCUAUUAGGAGAUAUUUGUUCGUUUCAAGAGGAUUGUCCUAUAAGUCAGAGUCAUUGUAAACACAGUGCUUGUGUUUGUAAAGAAGGGUACCUUGAAUCACCAGAUAGACAAGAAUGUAUUGAAGAUACCACUGAUGGUACCAGUACUCUGAAUGGUAAUACCAUAGCUGGUUUCAAUGGAGAAUCUUACAUAAGACUUAAACCUUUGAAUGCUUAUCAUAAAUUGAGUAUAGAGAUGGAAUUCCGGACGUAUUCUUCAGAUGGUAUUCUGUUAUACGCUCAACAAAAUUCUGAUGGAAAAGGGGAUUUUGUUUCCUUGGCAAUCAAAGAUGGUUUUGUUGAAUUCCGAUAUAACCUGGGAGAUGGUUCUGUUACAAUCACCUCUUUAGAGAAGGUAAUCCCUGGGGAAUUCCACAGGGUUGUAGCUAAGAGGUACCAUAGAGAUGGUAUGCUACAACUUGAUGAUGGGGAAAAUGUCGCGGGGCAAUCAGCUGGUAAACUUCGUGCGUUGGAUCUUACAGAAGAUACCUUCAUAGGGUUUGUACCAAGUAAUCACUCCAGAGUAUACAAAAACAUUGGAGUAGCUCAUGGGUUACAUGGAUGUAUACGAAGGUUACGUCUAGGAAGGAAAGAUGUGGGUUUAACUGAAGGUGAUGAAGAAGUGGUUAAGGUUAAUGGAAUACAAGAGUGUGGAAUACCACCAAAACAAAUACAAAAACAAACUGAACCCUUAGAAACAUCUGGAAGUUUAGGUAUAACCAGAACAAUUGGUGUGUUCCAUGGUGGGAGUUUCAUACGUUUACCUACACCAUCAAAUCUUGGAAGGAGGUUUACCAUUGAGGUUACCUUCAAAAGUCAUCAUCAAGAAGGUCUUAUUUUGUAUAUUGGACAGCUGGCAACUGGUAAAGGAGACUUUUUAUCUUUGGCUUUGAUUAAGGGUCGGGUGCAGUUCAGGUUUAAUUUGGGUAGUGGUAUAGCCAAUUUGACUUCCCAGAAAGAAAUUGGUUUAAACAAAUGGCAUCAGGUACGGAUUACAAGAGAAGGAAGAGAUGGUACCCUCCAACUUGAUGACAAUCAGGAUAUGGUUAAAGGAAGAUCAGGAUCACCACUUUUGGAACUUAAUCUGGGGAUGCCUCUUUAUAUCGGAUCAAUGAAGUCCUGGAGAGAGGUACAUCCCUUAGCUGGUAUAUACAAAGGGUUUAAAGGUGAAAUUGCUGAGGUGAUUAUAAAUGGUAAACCACUUCCCAUUUUCAACAAAAUGACAUCAUGCGUAGGCAACCCAAUAAACACCGCAUGUAUACACGAUGUUGAAUAUCACCAACAUAAAGAAAAUACAGGCAGAAAACAAAAUAUACAUCGGUGAGGAAUUUAAAUAAAAAAAGGAUAAAAACUCAAAGUUCCAGAAUGCUGACAAUAACCACUUUAACACUUGAUUUCAAAGUGGUACACCGAUGUGAGUGGAUGGAUACUAACUGACGUUACUUAACGUAACCUCAAUGUACGAGUAGCGCCACGCGUUGUUGCCAAGACUGACAUGUACAUAGAAAUAGCAAAUAGUUUUGCAACGGCGCGUUGAGCAAUAGCCAGAAUGCUGAUGAGACAUAAUAAAUAAUAAAUUAUUGCCAGUUUUAA